AUGGCGGCGCCGGCGACUCGUCUUCUCUACCUGGGCGUUCUACUGUUCCUCACCAUGGCGGCGUCGACAUUGGGGGCGGAGGCGUUUGGCCUCCUGCGAGGCGUGUCGUCUGCCGACUGCGCCUACAAAUUGCAGCAGUACGCAACAAUCCCGCUGUCCAGUCCGGGUGAGGCGGCCAUCCACCUCGGCAACACCAAGUCCUGCAUCGCUGGCUAUGGAGGCCGCUGGGAUCCCUACUCCGCGUACCAGUUCUGCAUCCCAUCCUGGGUCGCCUUCACAGACAACGGCACCCUCGUUGGAGAGGCUGCUCUUCAACACGCGGCCAUCAGCCCUGGCACGGCCGUCUCAGGCUUCAAGCGCCUCUUCGGCAUCAGGAUUAACGAUGAGAUGGUCAAGAGAGAGGCAGAUCUAGUGCCGUACAAGUUCACCGAGCAGAUUGGGAGAUGCGGCAUCCAGGUGGAGACCGAGCAAGGCCAGGUGAUGAAUUUCCUUCCCGAGCGUGUGGCGGGCAUCCUCAUCGCCGAGCUGAAGAAGAUGGCAGAGGCACACCUUGGCCACAAGAUCGGGUACGCAGUUGUCACCGCCCCCGCGCACUUCAGCGAUGCUCUAAGGAGUAGUUCUAUCAGGAACGAAGCUGCGCGUUUGCACGGUGGAUUCAGUGCUGUCAACGUCGUCGACGAGCAGGUCGCGGCAGCCGCGGCAUACCGCCUUCACGAGAAGAGGGGCGACGGCAAGGUCGUACUUGUUGUCCAUCUCGGUGGCCGCACGACCCAUGCCACCAAGUUCAAGUUCAAGGAUGGUUCCGGUCGUCUCCUCCAAGAACGCCAUGAUGCCUACCUAGGAGGUGUCGACUUCACUAACAGGGUUGUGGACUACUUCGUGGAGCUCAUCAAGGAGAAGCAUCACCGGGACAUCCGCGGGGACGAGGGUGCUCUACAGAAUCUGAGGGCAGAUUGCGAGAUGGCCAAGAAGGCACUGAGCAGCCGAGAAGGUGUCCUUGUGAACGUCGGGUCGGUUCUUGACCAAGGCUCAAAUUUAUACGAAGAGUUCACGCGGUCCAAGUUCGAGGAGCUCAAUGGUGACCUCAUGGCGAGAGUCAUUGAGAUGGUGGAGAUGGUGGUGCUGGGAGGUGCCCCUGCUUCCCAAUUGCGCAGCCACCAGGAUGCCAUUGAUGAGAUCAUUCUCGUCGGUGGAAGUGUGAGGAUCCCCAUGGUUACGCAGGUCAUUGAGGAUUACUUCCAUGGCAGGGGGCUAAUCAGGGAUGAGGAGGCGGUGAUACGAGGCGCCGCUCUUUUGUCCCGCCCCGAGUCUGCUAGAUAUGUGGAGGAAUGCUACAAUGGAGGAGUGUCAGGGCCUCUUUGGUUGGCGAGUUAGGAAUUAGGGAAAUCAAAAAUAGGAUCGGAAAGCAAUUUUUUUUAAAAAAACUU